UUAGUGUCGACAUCUGCCGCUCGAACGACGUCCACGGCAACGACGACGACAGAUGCCCCCUCUGUCACGUCUACAGCCUCUGUCUCCGAUUCGUCGUCGCUGGUCCUGUCGUUGUCGAAGCCACUUGGAAGCACGCUGGAAUCUGUAAUGGCGCAUCCAGAGACCGACGAGGAAGUAUCGCCUAGGGGCUUGAAACGUUCACCCGGCAUGAUCAUGUCGUCUGAUCUGUUCAGUGGGGCCAAGAUACACAAGGUCGAACCACCGGUGUCAAAAGCAACAACGACAACACCUACGACGACCACAACCACUCGAACUGAUGUCGUCCCAGCAGUGGAUACGUUCAAUUCUGAGCUUCCAAACACCUUCGAUGAGCUGAAAUCUUCAUAUAAAUGGUUGCGAGAGAUCUCAGAGGAGAAGCCAGCCGAGGACAUACCAAGCUGUAGAGCCUAA